AUGGCCGAAGUCAGCGGACCGAACUUCACCAUCAUCUUGAUACUCGGCACGACCUCCCUUUCCUUCCUCACAUACCACACAUACAGAUUCGACAAGUGUCGCUGUCUCAUUCCGCGCCGGAAGGUAUGGCAUCGCGUGUUGCUGACCUAUCUGCUCUUUUUGAGUGCGAUUUUCCUGCUCGUCUGGGCUGGAGGCUGGGCUUAUGUCAAGUAUCAGCUCGGCUGGGUCAGGCUUGGCCCCUGGGGCGCCCGGCCUUGGCCCUCGGCACUCUUCCCCCCGGAAUUCCAAGGCUAUAAUACACCCCUCACCGUCUGUCUCAACGCCUGCUACACCCUUCAGGCGAUUCUCACGACCCAAGAGGCAUUCUACUGGUACCACCUUAUCCGAGCGGUCCGCUACCCCCAGGACGCAGUGCCAUGGCUACGUUCGAAGCUUUUCAAGGCAUGGGUCGCCACUUCGGUCAUAAUCGCUGUCGUCCAGAUGUCUGCUGCUUGGGUGGUUCACUACCCGGACUUCCAGGUGCAGAUAUCGGUGGAGCUCCUCACAGGUGCUUCGGUCGAGUUCAUCGUCCUCAUGGCUGCCACGGCGGUCGUCUUUCAAUUCCCCAAGUUCCUCAACGAUGUCAAAGCCUCUGGCGCCGGUCCAGAAGUCCGCUCCCGACUCCAUUUCUAUCACGAGCUCAAUACGGUCAGGACGUUCUUCCGCUACACCUUCACCCUCCCUCUCUUCAUUUUGGGGGGAGACGGUACGACCAAAGCGGCAGUCAUCAACCUCAAUGCACCCGCUACCGACAUCCUGGCAACCACAACCGUCUUCUCCCUUGUCAUUGUCACCAUGAUCUCCAUUGUACUGUAUCUCCCCCGCGCGGCGCCCAGUGCGGCCCAAAACAAAGUCAUGGUCGGCCAGAUGCCGCCCCAUCACGCUGCAAGCGGGUUCGCACUCAUGUCGCUCCUUCGUGAAGGGGGGCAGUGGGAGGGGCUGGAUGACGAGGACGAGACCGAUAUGGCCAAAGCGGGGGAGAGGAGGGGGACAGACGACGCGCCAUUUGCGAGGGCAGAGGCGGGAGGACCCAGCUGGAAUUUGGGCGGAGAGGAGAAGUGGCAUGGUCACGGUCAGGCGAGGGCUCAGGACUCGGUCCCAAAGUUGCUCGAACACUUCAAGUCUCCGAUCGAUGUUACGGACGAGCCGCGAGGACCUCGACCGGUCGAGAUCAGGAUGAGGGUCGAUAAGGAAGUCUAUGCGGAUUAG